GAGACGAGCAGGUGCUGGGACCUGUACACGCGCCCUUCCGUCCGGCCCGCCUCGGACGAGUCGGUGCCCGUGUUCCCCCACGGUGUGGGAGGAGUGUCCUGCUACCGGAUACCAGCCGCGGUCAAGACGCCUCACGGGAGGCUCGUCGCCUUCUCGGAGGCCCGGCACGGCCCCGAGGGCAACUCGUGCGCGGACGAGUUCGCGUACGAGAUAGCGAUGUCUUACAGCGACGACUUGGGCAAGAGCUGGUCGACUCCGAACUUCGCGGUGGGGUCGAAGGAGUAUCCGGUAUUCAACCCAUAUACCAGGGCGGACCCGACCGUGCUCAAGAGCGGCAAGAUAGUGCUGAUCUACGGGAAGGCCCCAGCCGCAGGUUGGGACGGCCACCGCGGCAUCGGAAUCGGCAUGAAAUUCAGCACGGACGGCGGCGACUCCUGGAGCGCCGAGCUGGACGUCACCGACCAGUUCGGGAUCGCGGGCGUCGCGCAGCCAGGCCCUGGCGCCGGCAUCGCGGUGGAGAUGAGCGACGGCAAGGAGCGCAUCAUCGUGGUCUCGCACAUGGGCGAGUACAUCGACGACCUCAUCACCAUCAGUGACGACGACGGCGUCACCUGGAGGACGAUCAAGACCGACUUCCCGCACAUGGACGAGGCGCGCCGCGGAGACAGCGACACGCGCGCACGCAGUGCGGACAACGCUUGA